UUUUGAAGUAUAUAUAUAUAUCGUAACAGAUGCAAACGUUCACCAUUUUUAACACAUAACAUUGUCAAACUCAUUGAAACAUGCCUUAUUUUUGGCCUUUGUAAAAUGUUAUAAUUAUGGACUUAUAACUGUAGAGCCUGAUGAUGAAGUUAUUGAAAACAAUUGUUCGCUCAAAUAUUCUUCGUUUUUGAAUAUUCUAUGGGGAUUUUUAAACUGCCAAUAUCUAUGUGUUAAAAUAAAACAAAUUAAAUAGUUUACCGAUUCCAUCGUAGUGCACAUGAAACAAGACUUGCAGAUGUAGUUACCAAUCCUUAGAUUUGUUCAGAAAUAUCAGGAACCCAUCACAAAUAACUCUCAACAGUCAAGUUUUUUCAACGCUGGUAAAUCUGUUCAAAGUUUGUCGUAGUGGCGUUGGAAGAUGAAAGCUUCAUGACUAAACCAAAUGACUCAGAGAACGAAACCUCGCCAAGGUGAAUAGUAUCGUAAACCUGUUUGGUAUGUUCGAUAACAUCCAAAUGUCGACUUGUAUACCAGACAUCACUAUAAUAGCUGACGGUGGACUAAGUUAUAUUAAAAUGAUUCUGAUGAUGAAUUCGUUGUUCCUCACAUGGAUUUAUCUUGUUUGCAAAAUUCAAUAGCAUAUCAGAAAGUUCUUGAAGAACCUUGGACUUACCUUCACAAUUGGGAUUCUCUAACUCCCAGUGUUCAACAAGAGGUGGCACAAAACUUCCUAAGUGAACUAAGCUCACUUAAAACUGAAAUGGCGGUUACCCAAGGUGUAUUUGAUCCUUCCAUGUUUGUGAAUCAGGAUGCUCCAUGUGAUACAACAGUUUCUGAACAAAAUGGUAAUACAACAGAAAAUCAUACAAACACCAAAACGUCUAACAAGCUUGGACCUAUGUCUUUAGUCAGUAUUCGGAGAAGGGAACAAUCUCCUUCAUUGAUAUCGAAGUCUUUGGAGUACAAGCGUCUCAAAAAUUCGAAAAUUGAUGAUAAGAAGCAGUCUACCUAUCAACAACCACCACUCUAUUACCUUUCAGUCUUCUUCCAGAGAAAUUGUUCCAGUUACUAGAAACUGAAUGGCUCUCCCCCCCCCAAAGUAUUCACAGUGUUUUUGUAAAUUCUGUUUUAGUAAGGAUUACCAGAAAUACUAUGGCAACUGAAAUAUAAAUUUGUUGUGGUAGGUGUCUAUUUUCAGGAAAGAUGGACAGCGAUUGGUCUCAGACAAGCUUCAUGUGCUCUCGUUUGUAUAAGUAAACAGACAUCAAAAUAGUUUGACUUUUCUCCAUAAUUAGAGUGUGAUAUCUAUGCAUAAUUUGUUGUCCUGUACAAGUAUUGUAUACAACAUAAUUGCUGAAAAAUCACUUUGUGAAAUGAUAAAACAGGUUGAUCACGUGAUGCC